AUGGCCAAGUCCUUGGCCAAGCUUUUGCGGAUCCAGGAUUGGAAGGUAAGGUUCACAAGAUACGAAAAAUGGAUUUGUACAAAACACCUACAGAGACAUGCAAUAAUACAAAGCCGGAAGUUUCUGAGGUCACCCUAGCCGCCGCGGGGCAUGAAAUGUUAAUCGGACAGGGAAGAUAUUAGGGAUGACAUGUCUGCUGGAGAAAUGAACUCUUAUUUUCGAAAAUAUGUAAUGAGAAAUGCCAUUAAUUACGGGGUAAUUGGGUGCAGAGGAGCGGUUUUGAUGCACUAAAAUAUAGCGGUUUGGUGAUGAAAAUGUAUGGAAUGGCAAACUCGCGUACUGUCAAAACUUGGUAUGCAAAAGUUAUUCGUUAUAGAAAGGUUUUGAUCUGAACGUUUCUGUCCUGAGAUUGACAAUUGGACCUCAGAAUUUGUUUAUUAUUAAGCAGGGUUUGUUGUACAAAGGCUUCACUGUUAGAAUUCUAGCUUUCAGAACCUAAACAAACAAAGUUUUGACAAAGAAUUAACUUGGAUUUUUGCCGAUUUUUGAUCUAAAAAUUUUACAAACGGAUUCCUUCUAAACUUUUUUGAGCUCUUUCAGAAUUUAGGGGUCUCAUUUUGAAAGCUUACGGACAGCUCACACCAUUCCCUGUCAGUCAUGUCUGCAAACCGCAAGCUGAACCUCUCGCACAUACAUUAGAAGAUCUUAAUCUAUAUUUCAGCCACUUUUUAUCAAAAUAUGAGCGUCGCAAACCUCUAUUUUUUGUUUACUCCUACAAUCCCCUUGUGGAUAUCGCCUCCUUCUUGCAUCACAAUUCAAUUUCUGCAGUUUAUAGGUUAAACUUCUUUGUCUAAUGACCCCCGGAUUUAUUGUCUUAUCCCAUCGACCCCUCAGCCAAUGUUAAAGGUCAUGCACGGAUCACAAUUACAAAAACUAAACAAUGAAUACAGUAGGAAUACUACGCAAAUUGCGUAGUACCUACGCAGAAAAUUAAUUACCCUCUGCGUUCCCGGUUCCCAAAAAGUUUAACCGAAUGUUUUUUACAACCCUAACGUUCCACAGAUUACUUGUGCUAAAGAGCAACCGGAUUUCAAGACAAUCGGAAAAUUAUGUGCACUUUGAGAGCCAAAAGAAGCUUUGUUUUAUCUCAAAAUUCCAUUAAUUUAGGCAAGUACCCCUUCUUGUAUUGUAUCCCAAAAAUUCUGGUCCACAGCUCUUGUGGACUUUUGCUAAAAACCCCAAUGAAUUAAGAUACAAACAAGAUGAAUUAUCGACGUAAUGACCUUUUCCGGCAAUUUGAAAUUGCAUAGAAUGGGAUUAAAAACAAUUCGAAUAAAGAUUACAAUUAUGAAAUGUGAGGAAAACAUAACAAGAUUAUGGCUGCCUGGGGCAGAAUAUUAAGGACCGCUUAAUUUUGGUCCAAAUUCUACAUUCCUUCUCCAAUUUUCCUAAUUUUAAUCCUCAAUCGUAAUCAAAUGGGAUUUAAAUUUUUUCAAACUCAAUAAAUUAUCCUCCAAAUACUCUCCAGUUAGCUAAUUUUUAGCUAAUAAAUAACUUGCAGAAGACACUCAACAUCAUUGCCGGAGGCCAUGCAAUUCUGCACCUGAUUUUUCUGGGGCUUGAGAUCUACUCCGGCCACUAUUACGGAGUGAUCGGCUCGUUGUUUGGGAUUGCCGCCAGUGCCGCCUUGUUCUACGGAAAUCGCCGUGAAAUACCGUAUCUAUUUCUACCGUACCUGAUCUGUAAUGUAAGCCGGAUGUUCGGGGGUUGGGGUAUUUUUGUAAUCGUUCUUUAUUGGGAUUUGUUGCGGAACUGGUUUCCUAAGAAUGGAUUUAAAAACAGUUAGAUGACAACAUUGUUAUAAGGGAUAUGAUUAUUUACGGGGGAUGACUUAACGACGGGGAUAUGCGGGGGAAGGAUUUGGUUUGGAAAACAAGAUUAUCUUAGCUAGUAUUCAAAGCAAAAAAUAAACGACAACGACGUAAAUUGCAAUCGAAAACAUAGGCGCCUUUUGAAAUUUUUCAAAUUAAAUUUUUUUACACAUUUCUGCAAAGCGCGCAUAUGGCUUAAAAAUUGCAUCCUUAAUUUUCAACAGGUGCCACAAUAACCUGUUUUUCGAACUUGGAGUAGUACCCUAAAAAAUCGUUUUUCAGCUAGUCUUAAUCGUCGCGUGGCUUGGAGCUGGUCUUUAUCUUAUUGUCGAAGCAGCUGAGUGCAUUCCAGAAGAAGAGCAAGUCCACACUCUACUCAAAUUCCAAAGUCCUGUCGUCGGAAUUGUAAUGGGUUCACUGGAGAUUGUCAUCUCAAUUCUGCAAAUAAUUCCUCUCAUUCUUGUGUAUGAAGCAGCCAAUUUACUGCGGAAAGAUUGCUUGUACAAUUAG